UGUAGAUGCCUUUGAAGAGAGCUUCAUGUGAGUUGCAGAGCUUAGCUUUCUCGAUCCGCAUGUUUUAUAUCCAAUAUCAGCUCUCAUUCUUACCUCCACCCAAACUCCCAACUGUCUACUACCUUCUAGCUCUGCUGUAUUACUCUCUCUCUCUCUCUCUCUCUCUCUCUCUCUCUCUCCGCCAUGAAGCAAAGCUUGCACUCUAAUGCUCUUCUCCUCUUCCUUUUAUUCCUUAUUUCUUACUCAGAAAUAUCUGCCCGUUCCAUACCAGUCCGACAAGAACAAGAGAAAGUAAAGCUCAACGAAAUCACUCCUGGAGGUUCCCUUGUAAAGUUGGAUCAAGGCAGUAAACCCAUGAAUGAGCUCAUGGGGAUGGAAGAUUGCAAUAAAGGAGAUGAAGAAUGCUUACAGAGAAGGAUAUUUACAGAGGUUCACUUGGACUACAUCUACACCCAGCACCACAAGCCUUGAAACUCCAAAGAAAAUCGAAGUUCCUUAUAAUUUUAUUUACAGCACUUCUCUCAAUAUUUCAGAAUGUGAUGUAUAUUCGACUACAACAAUGGGAGAGUCAAUAGAUCAGUAGGACUGAGGUUGUAUUUUCUGUACGAUAUAAUGUUAUAAACUGUGUUUAUCUC